CAGGACAUUUGUGUUUUUGUUCCUCGUUGAAAAAGAGUCGUUUCAUUUUGAACUAAUCCGAGUUUUUGCCCAAGUUUUGUUCUACUUUAUACGGGCGUCACUGAUCAACCAACUUUACGUGCUGUAAGCAAAGAAGUGCAUGAAAAGAGGGCAUACCCUGUUGCAGGCUCUUGAGUCUUCACACCUCUUGUCGUUAGGUUCACUGUGCCAUCAAUCUGAUUGCCAGCAAACCACUUGGCUUGAAUAUAAAUCUUCUUGUCGCUUGGGAUCUGUUCUUAUCUUUGGUAGUUUACUUUGUUUCUUAUUACUUUUGUCUUAAAUUUAAUCUCAUUUUUUCUGGUUUAGACUGAAGAUGGCUGACGCUUUAGAUGACACUUCAGUAGACGUGACGCCGACACGCAAUCUGCGCUCAAGGACAGCACCGGUUUCUACACAGCUAAAGAACUCCGUUCCGAAGGUGGGAAAAGGAAUCGGAAAGGGAGAGCGAGGUUGGAGCACAGAAGAAAAAGAUCAGCUGAUCUCCAUUUUGGAUAACGAUGGUUUUGAUGGGGAUUUCGCAAAUUUGGCGGCCAAAUUUCCGAGCCAAAGUCUUGACAGUCUUCGACACCUCCUGACUUACUACGAAGAAAAAAAGGAGGCAUCAAAAGGGGAAGAGACGUUGAACACCAUCAUAGAAAAAAUGCGUGGGAUGGAAGUCGACCUGUCUGAAGACUUACCACUGUAUUUUCAACUUCAAUCGUCAUUGGGAACCCACCCAAAACCAUCUCAAGUCGAAGGGAUCGAUUAUCCAGCCAUUUACAACCACGUAGCAUCUUGUAUGCGAGAAGAAAUACCUAAAAAGCUUCAUCCCGCGACAAGGGCCGAAUUGUCAUAGCCUCCUCCCUUACUUGUACAACGUAUACAGUCUGAACCAUACGACCAGAUUUUUUCUUUCUAUAUAGUUUUAUAUUUUUAUGUAUAUUUUUAUUUAUACUUUACGAUAGAAGUAAGAUAAUAAUAUAGCAUAAUAAUAGUAAGAUCAGCAUUUUUCGAAAGGAAGAAAGAGUUGAAGGAAAGACGAUCCAAAGUAUGGCUUGCUGACGUAUCGAAAGCGGAAGAAACAUUAUUGUCGAGAGACGUCCGUAAGAUUGAAGAAUUUUACAUGUCCCAAAUCCCAAGCGUUAUUGAUCCCGUUUUAUUUGUUUAAAUUUGAGCUUUGACAUUGAACCCGUUUUUAGUGGUUUAAAUUUAACCUUUGCAUUGUUUUUCAAAUUUUUAUCUGAUCGAUGCGUGUUUUGAUGUAAAGACAAGUUAAUGUUAAAUUUUUGGUCUUCUGUGUUUUAAUAAAUUUAACCAUACGACGAGACUGACCAACGGCAAGCGCUGUUGCGGCCAGAAUGGUGAAAAAGAGGAAAAAUUCUUUAGGCCUCAAAUUAGGGGUAGGGUGAAAUAAAACAAUAGAAAAGGGCGCAGGGGAGGGGUGAUCAAGCGCCACCUAGAACAUGUAAACUGUGAAGGGAGGGGACAAAACAAAUUUCUACUUGUCUUGACUUCCGGAGAGACAAAAUGAAAAAAUAAACAAAUAACGA